AUGGCAUUAUCACUCGCACAACCAGUCCUUGACUUCCUCUCCCCAAUCUCCUUCUCACCUCUAAACCUCGGUGUCCAGAUCACAGCCGUCGCCCUCCCCUGCCUCCUCCUCUCCGAGACCGCACACUCCUCCCUCGGCCGCUGGAUCUUCAAGCCCCUCGCCUCUUUGGGAUUCAUGGUCGCCGCCCUCGCCUAUCUCCCCGACCAUGUCCCUUCUUCUACCGCACCCAUCCUGCACCUCACCGCGGUUGCUGAUAUCCCAAAGGCUAUUGCGGCAUCUGGUGGAGUCCUGGGACUUGCGACGACCUAUGUUGCAGAGCUGAAGCAUAUCAUUUUUAACGUCGCGCCUACCAUCGCCACCGCCGCCGCCCCUAUUGCCGGAUCUGUCGUUCACACGACCUACACAAAGGCAAUGAUGGGUGCCUUUGUCUUGGGAGCGAUUGGAGAUGUCCUGUUGAUCCCCAAGAGUGGAUUCUUGCCGGGCUUGACGAGUUUCUUGGCGGGCCAUGCGGCGUUCAUGGUUGCCUUUACGUUCCAUGGACAGGAUGAUUCAGCUCGUCAGAAGGGGCUUGGAUUUAUUGUUGCUAUGGCUGCGGUUGUUGGACCUUGGUUGUUGCCCAAGAUCAAGAACAAGAUCAUGCGUGGUGCUGUCAUCGCAUACAUGUUAGUGAUUAGCGGGAUGGUGAUGACGGCGUUCGGAAGCAUCAACUCGGGACGCGAAUACCUCCCCGAACGCAUCCUCGGCGCUUUGAUGUUCUUCUUUUCAGACCUCUUUGUCGCCCGCCAGCACUUUGUCCACAAGACCGCCCUCAACAAGUGGAUCGGUUUGCCUCUUUACUACAUUGCUCAGAUCCUGUUAGCCUCUACUCUUCGUGGCGAGACUCCCUUGAGCCGGUGA